AUGGCGCAAUGGGGGCCCCCAACAUUUGGGGACCCCCGCAACCCCACCAGCAAUGGGCCCCCCCCCCCCUCCCCGGGCAAUGCGACCCCAUCCCCCUCCCCCCAUCUCUGGAUGCUGGCGCUGCUGUGGCUGACGGUGACCCUGGUGACAGCGGUGACACCCGGGGGGGGUCACGGGGGGGCUCUGACCUUCCUGGCCCUGGGGGACUGGGGGGGGGUCCCCGAUCCCCCCUUCGUGACCCCGCGCGAGGUGGCCACGGCGGCCGCCAUGGGCCAGGUGGCCACCGAGCUGGGCAGCGACUUCGUCCUGGCCCUUGGGGACAACUUCUACUACGAGGGGGUGCGGGACGAGUGGGACCCCCGGUUCCAGGACACCUUCGAGCGCGUGUUCGUGUCCCCGGGGCUGCGCGGGGUCCCCUGGUACGUGAUGGCCGGGAACCACGACCACGCCGGCAAUGUCACCGCCCAGCUGCGCUACAGCCACCACUCGCCACGCUGGCAUUUCCCCAACCCUUACUACAGCCUGCGGCUGCACAUCCCCGGCUCCAACGCCUCGGCGCGGCUGCUGGUGCUGGACACGGUGCUGCUCUGCGGCCACACCGAUGAUUUCGGCCUCGGGGACGUCCCCGCGGGUCCCCGGGACGCGGUGGCAGCCGGGGCUCACCUGGCCUGGCUGCGGGCACAGCUGGAAGCGGCCGCCGGGGACAGGUUCGUGCUGGUGGCCGGCCACUACCCGGUGUGGUCAGUGGCCAAGCACGGCCCCACGCCGUGUCUGCUGCGGCUCCUGCGGCCGCUGCUGCGGCGCCACCGCGUCACCGCUUACCUGUGCGGCCACGACCACAACCUGCAGUACCUGGAGGAAGGGGGCGUGGGCUACAUCCUGAGCGGUGCCGGGAAUUUCAUGGAGGAUUCCCGGCCCCACGAUGGCUCCGUGCCCCCCGGGUCCCUCCGGUUCUUCUUCGGGAACCCCACGAGCCCCGGCGGCUUCGCCCACCUGCGCCUGGAGCCCAGCGCGGUCACUGUCACCUUCCUGGAGGCCACCGGGCGUGUCCUGCACCGUGUGACACUGCCCCCCCGCCACCUCUGA